CUCAUCUUGCUCACGGAUGGUUAAGGUUGCUGAUACAUCCCUGCCCAUCCCGGCCGUGUUCUGGCCAAACCAUUAUCCUUCCAGUGUCCAUGCGAUGCGUAACCCUCCACAGUGGAUCCUAUCGUACGGAUCACCAUGUUAUCCGUCAGCCCUAGCACCAAACUGGGCGGGCGGGCGGCCCGUCGAGAAGUGGGAUAAAUCACCCUCGUCCUGCGCAUCACCGCUCUGGUCACCAUCAUCAUCAUCAUCACCGGCAGCAGUAACUGAACAAGCAUCAACAUCAACAUCACCAUCUUUAUGGAUCCUCCCCAGGCUCAGGGACGACGCCGAAGAGCGCCCAAGGCGUGCGUCUUCUGUCGCCAGCGAAAGAUGAAAUGCAGCAAUGAAAGGCCUCGCUGUAUGAACUGCAUUGCCUACGAGCAGGAAUGUGUAUUCGUAGAAGCCCCAAAGAAGUCUAGGCCAUCAAAAGCGCGGAUUCUUCAUCUGGAGGAGGAGAAUCGAAAGCUGCAAGCGCGGCUGGCGAGCACCGCAUCAACCCCGUCUAGUGAUGAAUCCCAAUCGGUCAAAGGAGAGGGCAGUAACGUCAACUCUCCGAGACAGACCGAGCUUUCUCCCUCGCAGUCUCCCCAGUUGAUGUGCCGUGCUUAUGAUCCGCUUGCAAGAGACGACAAAUGGAACCUGUCGUCCAUUGGAAGGGUGUCGGCGUUGGACUCGUCGGGAUGGAAUGAGUUAUUUCAGCAAUCGCAGACCCGAAACCCGACCAACGGUGAAUCUGUCUACUAUAGCCUCGCUGGUGCCUUGCUCAAUGACUCGUUCAAUCGAAACGAGGUUGGGCAAGGGUGGGAGAAUCCCAAGCUGCCUACUAGGCAUGUGCGAGAGCAGCUCAUGGCCGAAGCUGCUCGACAACGGCAAUUGGAGGCCAUCAACUUCAACUUCAACCGGCUUGAUUUUGACGGUGUGGACCGGGACAUUGGUUUACAGCUCUUGACGAGAUAUUGGAAUCUCGAACAUCAACUUAAUCUCUUCGUUUAUCGACCAGCAUUCAUGCGGGACAUGGCUUGCGGCGGUCGCUACUUUUCGAAACUACUCUUGAAUGCAAUCUUCUUCACGGCCUCGGUCAAUUUUUCAGAGUCCCCUGCGGUGCAGGCAGCCCACGAGAGUUACCGUCAGAGGUUUAAGGAAUUACUGGCGCCGGCAUUGGACAGGAGCGAAAUCACCACCAUUCAAGCUCUAUUAAUUAUGAGUGAAGCUCUUCUGGCCACGGACGAGGACAGAUGUGCCGCUUUCAUGUACGAAGGCAUGGCAUUUCGCAUGAUCAACGAUUUUCACGCAAAGCUGCAGGCUCAGUCAAAUACGACGCCUAGUCAACUGUCAGUGGAGGAAAUGGAAAUAAGACGGCGAGUGUUUUGGGGGGCCUUUGUUGCCGACAAGCUCAGAUCUCUCUAUCAAGGUCGACCAAUCAGCUUUGAGAACAAGCGUUGGCGAGUACCUUUGGCAUUCCUUGACGAUUUUGAGGAAAUGGAACUCUGGAUGCCAUUAGCCAAUGCCGAAUUAUUGUCCUAUCCCGGGUAUCCGACAUACAGCGUCACAACAUUUACGAGCUUGUGCAAGCUCUCCCAAGUCAUCAAUUGUGUAUACAAUAAGCUCUAUACCGAGGACAGCCUCAGCUAUCCCACGGAGCAGUUGGCAAAUAUCCACAAGCUCCUACAGGCAAAGCUCCAGUAUUGGCACCGGGGACUACCGUCUCACCUUCGAUACGAUUACUCGGAUGCGACUCAAACCAUCCCACCACCACACGUGCUCUCAUUAUUAAUCACAUAUCACCUUCUUAUCAUACAAUUGCAUCGUCCGUUCAACAAGGACGGAUUUUUACACGCGAAGUUGCCAUCAGUGGCAUUGAACUCUUUUGAUGUUUGCGUCACUGCAUCGAAGGAUCUUGUUGGCUUAUUAAGGGCGUAUGAUCGUGCAUUUGGAGUUGCAAACGCACCGUUUUUGAUCUUUUAUGCGACAUAUGUCAGCGCUAUAUUCCUCGUUCGCGAGGCUACACAGAGUACAGGCUCUGAAGCUGUGUCUUGCUUGGACACAUGUUUAACACUAAUGGGAAGAAAUGAGAAGAACGCUCAUGUCAGGGCCGCCAAAGCCGCGGUCUUGGAUUUGAUGGGUGUUUUGGGAGUGCCUUUCGAUCGCAGGGGCAGCAGCGAUGUCGGACACACCGGGUCUUCACUACACCCUUCUCCUGUUCAAUCUCGUCAACUUGAGCUAAAUGCAACACCAAUGGAUAUCGCUGUCCACAAUCCCCAUGACGCCGUUAUCGGUCAUAAUCUCGCAUUUACUACCGACGACAAUUUUAGGAGCCGUCUGGCUGCCGGCCCAGAUUUCGAUGUCAUCAUCAACAAUUUCAUUCGCGGUUUUAACAGCGAAGCAACCGUUAGUGAAGAUGACUCGGAUGCUUCCCGGCUUACCAGUCCACAUGCUACACCAGCGCCAAGACUGGAAGGUUCGAGGGAAAUGAUUCUGGCUGGCCACAGCCCCGUCGAUCCAACUCUGGAUGAAUACAUACGGACACAUUCGAUCGACGCUUCUGCGAACCCAUCAGUUCUUCCUUUUGACGAGUCCACGCUUCACGUUGGGUGGUGAAAACAAUGACGAAUUUUUUUUUUUUCUUCGGAAGGGGGCGCUAUCAUGGUUCAUGUUUGGUCACACGCUGCUUCUUGGCAACGAGGAUGGGUUUACUGGCUGGUGUGUGUCUUGGUAUUUGCAUUUGAGUAGAAUAUGUCGUAAUGUCGGGGCCAAGGGAAUUGUGGAGUGUGGAGUAACGUUUGCGGAGUAACAUUACCCCAUGGUAGAACCUUAGGACUGGAUCUUGGCGAAUGCUCGAAAUAUGGAAUAUCUUUUCUGGGAUUUUGGCUUCAAUAUUCUGCGCACACCUGUA